UCUUCUUGCAUAUGGGAGCAUCUCAGCUCCAAGAAGGUGAUUGAAGGCCAUCACUUGCAAACAACGAUGUCGCUGGAACUGGUAGCUUAUGACGGUCGCAGCAAAGUCCUACCUCUCUUUGCCUCGACCAACCAGAUUCGGGUGCAGACUAUAAGAAUCAUGCUAGGGUCGACCAUGAUGGAGCUCAGCACAACACAUGAAGCUAAUAGCCCAACGUCCCUCGAUGUCCUCCUAGAACAACAGCAGGAUCCAGUGCCCCCUCUUCCAUCCUCUAAGGAUGCUACUGCUGCUACCUUAUCGCUACAAAAAAGAACACCGUCUCCACAACCACAACCACAAGCAACAAAAGCAUCCACCGCACGUGCUGCUGGAACAGGAACCACUGAGGUUGCAACCGCGGUGAAGGAGGAGAAGAAACACGAGGAGUCGAAAAAGAAGGACGACAAGCACGAAGAUUGGGAGAAAGAGACGCGUGGUUGGCUCUUGGUGGUGGUAACCGUUUUCGCAACCAUGACAUACCAAGCCGGGCUGACACCGCCUGGUGGAUUUUGGUCGGACGACGAACCCCCCUCUCCACUAUCUUGCAAUGCUACCAGCAUCACCAAUGCGACCACUCCCAGCCUCAUAAACACCACCAUAGCAUGCAUUACUUCCAGCAACAUGGCACCUCCUAGCCCUGCGUCUCCUGAUCACGUAGCAGGAAAUGCAAUACUUGAAAUAAAGGAUCACGAUCGGUACGAGAAAUUCAAGAUUGCCAACACUAUCGCGUUUGUCUAUUCCAUGGCCGCCGUCGUGCUCCUAUUGUCGAACCACUUGUGUAGGGCGGUGGGAGACAAGAUUGAAUUGAAGGGAGUCGUGGUGCUCAACGCAUUUUUAAUAGCAUUUGCGUACUCGGCCGGCUUUGAGCGGCAUCAUUCUAUCUCCCCAGCCCCGCUAGCAGCAAUGUCCGCGAUUGUGUUCUUUUAUAUUUUGGAUUACGUUUUUCAAAAAAUUCCAUAUGAAAAAAUACUCAAUUAUCUGAAGAAGAACCAGGAAAACCAAUCGCUUGACGAGAAGAAUGGGAAAGCAUCAGCCGCCGGAUAGCAAUUGCCUGAGUGAUGGAUGUAUAAUUAGUACUUGUAGCCUGUACAUGGAUGUAUAAUGUAUCCUUUCCCAAGGCAAUUCUGUAGUCAUGAAGCCCUUUUUCCUUCUUUCUGAGGGGGGAGGGGAGUGUGUAAGGGUGUAGUCGUGUAGUCUUUCUAUGUAUGCCGGUUCUGUUUCUAGGUUGUUUCAAA